AUGGAAAUGAGCAAUUUAAAUCAAAUCAAUAUUCAAAAGAAUGGUGGAGAGCCUAUUACCUUGCGUUUUCAAGAGAACAAUAGCAUUGCCGACAUCGAUGCUGCUCUUCGACAUACAUUAUCCAUUUCAAAGAAUCAAAAUUAUUCCUUAAGUUACAAGAAUAAAGAUACUGGUCAAGACAUUUACAUUGUAGCUAAUGGAAGCAUGCUACGUGAAUGUCUUACAGAAAAUAUUAAUCAAUUGAAUGUAUUUGUUGAUCCACCAACUCGUGUUCCAUUACCAUCAUCAUCAUCAUCAUCAUCAUCAUCUCAUAGCAAAAGUAAUGAAAGCACCGAGCUAGUACAACGAUGGCCUGAAUUAAUGAAAAGUAUUGAUCAUCGAAUUAAUCGUUGGACAAGCCGUUCAGAUGAGUAA